CAAAAGGCGGAGGCGUGCCCAAGAUGGCGGCCUCCAUGUGCGACGUGUUCUCCUUCUGCGUGGGCGUGGCGGGCAGGGCCCGGGUCGCAGUGGAAGUCCGCUUCGUUAACAGCUCUAAGGGAAAAGGGCUGUUUGCCACACAACUGAUCCGGAAGGGGGAGACCAUCUUUGUAGAACGGCCCCUGGUGGCUGCGCAGUUUCUCUGGAAUGCACUUUAUCGCUACCGAGCCUGUGAUCACUGCCUUCGGGCACUGGAGAAGGCAGAGGAGAAUGCCCAGAGGCUGACUGGGAAGCCAGGCCAGGUUCUGCCUCACCCUGAGCUGUGUGCCGUGCGCAAGGACCUCCACCAGAACUGUCCCCAGUGUCAGGUGGUGUACUGCAGUGCAGAAUGUCAACUGGCAGCUGCUGAGCAAUACCAUCAGGUCCUGUGCCCAGGGCCCUCCCAGGACGACCCCCUGCAUCCUCUCAAUAAGCUGCAGGAGGCCUGGAGGAGUGUUCACUACCCCCCUGAGACGGCAAGCAUCAUGUUGAUGGCCCGGAUGGUGGCCACGGUGAAGCAGGCCAAGGAUAAAGAUCGUUGGAUCAGGCUCUUCUCCCAGUUCUGUAAUAAAACAGCCAAUGAGGAGGAGGAAAUUGUCCACAAACUCCUGGGGGACAAAUUCAAGGGCCAGCUGGAACUUCUGCGGAGACUCUUCACAGAGGCCCUUUAUGAGGAGGCGCUUAGCCAGUGGUUCACACCAGAUGGAUUCCGGUCUCUCUUUGCUCUUGUUGGGACCAAUGGCCAAGGAAUUGGGACCAGCUCCCUGAGCCAGUGGGUCCAUGCCUGUGACGCUCUGGAGCUGAAGCCUCAGGACCGAGAGCAGCUGGACGCCUUCAUUGACCAGCUGUACAAGGACAUCGAGGCAGCAACUGGCGAGUUUCUUAACUGUGAAGGAUCUGGCCUCUUUGUGCUUCAGAGCUGCUGUAACCACAGCUGUGUCCCCAAUGCAGAGACCUCCUUCCCAGAAAACAAUUUCCUUUUGCAUGUCACUGCCUUGGAGGAUAUCAAGCCAGGAGAGGAAAUCUGCAUCAGCUACUUAGACUGCUGUCAGCGCGAGCGCAGCCGUCACAGCCGCCACAGGAUCCUCAGAGAGAACUAUCUGUUUGUCUGUUCCUGCCCCAAAUGCCUGGCAGAGGCUGAUGAGCCCAAUGUGACCUCGGAGGAGGAGGAGGAGGAUGAAGAGGAGGAAGGAGAGCCAGAAGAUGCAGAGCUGGGGGAUGAGAUGACCGAUGUGUGAUGUCACCCUGCCUGGAAGGGGCCCCUGCCCCAGACCCUGCAGGAAAAGGGGGCCUCCCCACAGAGAGGAGGCUCGGAAGGAACUCCCCACUCCCCUUGCCUGCUUUCUCCAUACCCCCCCUCCCCCACCCCCCGUUCCAGCUCUGUUUCUGCCAGAGAGUAGGACAGAGGCUGGACCCUAGGCCCUAGGCACUCACCUCCCACCAGACCUCAUGCCCUGGACACUGCUGCUGAGUGGCUUAGGCCCUGCGCUGUCCCCGAGCCUCUCAGAACUGCC